GCGGAUAUCCUGUCCGGACAUGGCGGACCAGUGGUGGGAUUAAAAGUGUCUUCAGAACCAGUUUAGCGACCUUAGCUCCAGGGCUGCUAACCAGUGCUAGCACACAGGUUAACAGCUAGUUAACCGCUGGUUAACGUCAGCGACCGAGCAGCCGUCACAGAACCAGGAGCCAGAAUGGACUCGUGGGUUCGAUUUAACGCCCAGAGCCAGGCCAAGGAGCGAAUCAUCAGGGCGGCUCAGUACGCCUGCACCCUGCUGGGCUACACGCUGCAGAGGGGCGGGGCGGCGGCUGACCUCCUCCCAACCGUCCGUCAGCUGGAAGCACACCUGAGCCUGACCAGGAAGUUGCUGCGUCUGGGAAACUCAGUGGAGGCGCUGGAGGCCGCCAAGAGGGCGAUCCACCUGUCUGACAGCGUGCUGAGACUCUGCCUGACCAUCAGCCACCUCAACAGAGCCAUGUACUUCGCCUGUGACAACGUCCUGUGGGCGGGAAAAACUGGACUUAUCUCCAAACUGGACCAGCACAAAUGGAGUCAGAGGUCUUUCAGGUACUACCUCUUCUCUCUGAUCCUCAACCUGACUCGAGAUGUGUACGAGCUCCGCCUCCUCAUGGAAAGUGAAGCACGCUACAGAGCCGCCAAGUCCCCGCCCUCCCCCUACCCCGGCACCGCCCUGCCCGAGGACCAGCUGUCCUCCCCAACCACUCCGGCCGGUGCUGCCGUGCCCGUCAUGGCGGUGUGGCUCCGCAGACAGCUCCACCUGCUGGUGACGGUGCUGUACAGCAACCCGCCGCUGCUCCUGGACCUGCUGAAGAACAGCUGUGACAUCUUCAUCCCUCUGGACCGGCUGCAGAUUUACCCCACAGGACAGGGCUUCGUUGGGGCCUGCGGCCUGGCCUCCUCAGUCCUGUCUCUCCUCACCAUGGUCCACCCCUGGCUCAAACUCAAGCCGUGACCCCCCCCACCCUUUCCAGAGACCACGAUCUAACAGGGUUAACACACUGACCGCUCCGCGACAGCAGCAGGGGAUCCAGAUCCUUCAGACCUGUCCCAAAAUAAGUGACAGGGUCCCUCCAUGAGGAUACGGACCCCUGAGGACCUUCUUCUGCUCUGCUUCACUCACUGCUGAACCCCCAGCCUCGGCACCACCUGUGACACUCAGACGUGGGUGAGGGUGUGAGCUCCACUGCGGUGUGCGACCACUGAAAGACCUGAAGUCUGACUGUUGACAGGAAGCAGAUGAUGACUGUUAUGUUGACAUGGAAACGGGUGACUGUGAGGAACCUUUGUGUCUUUUCCACCUGCUCUUACUGCGUGUGUUCCUGUCGUUAGCAUAUCCUGUGCUAAUAGCUAAUAGCUAAAUGUCCAAAUAAUAGUGUGUGAGAUGGGGAGACUCGGGUCCACUGCACCCUGCAGGGUGCUGGUCCAGAGCGUGUAGCCUCUUUAGAUCCUGCUUACCUUUCCACUGUCAUUUUAUACCUGAGUGAAUUAGUCGCUCGCAUCAUCCGUUGUCAUGGUAACCCAUUGUUUUAGUGGUCACUUGAAACUCUCCCCAACAUCAGCAGUCUGCUGCAAAGUCAGAAUAAAGUCACUUUGCCUCAGAACUGUGUCUCUGAUCUGGUCCAACUAAAACCAGUCCUCACCUUCUGACCCUCCACCCUGUCAGGUCACAAACACCUGUUCGCUUCCCACAGGUGUGGUUUGAUACAGAGCAUCAGUGUCUCAAACUUUUUCAGACCAAGGUCCAUUAAUCACUAAAAGCAGCUAAUGAAUUUCCCCUAAGGGAUAAAUAAAGUAUAUAUCUGUCUAAGCUAGUGUCACUGUGCAGGUCAGGAAAAUGUUCAGUACCAGUCCAGUUGCGGAACAAUUUGUUGGUGUAGUCAAAUAAAUGAUGAAAUAAAAAAAUCAUACAUCAUCUGUUGUUGCUAAUUUAACUAACAUGGCGCUCGUGGAACUGUUGUAUAAAGUAAUAUCACACUGAGGUCGUGAUGUUCUGAAUAUGAUGAUUGACGGUUAAUAGAGAACCUGUAAAGCGGAGUGAUACAUGUAGUUAACGUAUUCAGUGCAUCACUCCCUCUGUGUGAUAUUAACACUUUCUGUUGAUUGACCCGGUCUCAAUGCUCCGCUCCGUGAUCUUGUCCGUGUUUUAUAGUGAACAGGCUGCUAAUAACUGACGUGCAGCUCAAACCCAGAGCAGGCUAACUGUUAGCUUCACCCACAUUUAACAUGUCAAAUGUCACACUGAUCAUCUUUGACUAAAUCAUGAAGCUAACUGUCGAAGCUACGUGAGGAGACAGGUUCAACAACAAUGUAAAAACAGCCAAAUCAUAAAGACCUAAUACUGUUUGAAUUUACUUAUGAGUUGAUUUAAUAUUGAAAACAACUCCAAUAAAAUACUGACGACCA